UGGAAAUACGACAGAUGAGUUCUGACAGAUUUUUCAGGUUCGGCAGUGGUAUUGGAAUCAUAUUUUGUUAAUUUUACAGGAUUGAACCAUUAUACACAUACAAUCAAAGGAAAUUUGCAAACAUGGUGUUUUAUUUCACUAGUAACGUAGUAUCUCCAGCUGUUACUCUUUUUAUGGGUGCUGAUAAACAUGAAAAUGAAGACCUCAUAAAGUGGGGUUGGCCUGAAGACGUGUGGUUUCAUGUAGAUAAAGUGUCAUCAGCCCACGUAUACCUUCGACUGGCUCCCGGACAAACUAUAGAUGACAUACCUAACUCAGUUUUGGAUGAUGCGUGUCAGUUGGUCAAAGCAAAUUCUAUUAUGGGUAAUAAAAUGAAUGAUAUUGAUAUUGUGUACACAAUGUGGUCAAAUUUGAAGAAAACAGCUGGCAUGGAGGCUGGCCAAGUAGCAUUUCACAAAGAUAAAGAUGUCAGAAAAGUGAGAGUGGCCAAAAGAUCUAAUGAGAUAGUUAAUCGACUGAACAAAACAAAGAAAGAAUCAUUCCCAGAUUUAAGAAUAGAAAGAGAAACUAGAGACAGAUUAGAAAGAGAAGAUAAGAAGAAACUUUUAAGAGAAAAGAAAGAUAAGGAAAAGGAAGAAGAAAAAAGAAAGAAGGAGGAGGCAGAGUUAAGAAGUUACUCCACUCUAAUGAAACCAGAAAACAUGUCUACUAACUAUGAUGGGAAUGACUCUGAUGACUUUAUGUAAUACUGCAAUAAUAUAAACAUUUACAACACUUUUUAAAA